CUGAGCUGUGUGUUUACGUAUGGCGCACAUGCAUAGCUCAGUAAAUUAUGGAUUUUAACCUCUUACUCGCAGAAUUGAGGAAUGCAGCUCAACAGUAUUGUCAGAAAAUAUCCGAUAAAUAUGCUGCAACCGUUGCCUACUGCGAAACAGCGUGCAAGACAAUUGACAAGCUUGAAAAUGUGGAGGAGUAUGAGAACAAGGUCAUUGGAUUAUGGAUUAUCCUGGGUUACAUCGGAGAGAUGUACUCUCGACUCACUACAGGACCGAUCACAAAUGCUCUGUGCCAGAAGUUGUUCCGGCACUGUGCACGGACAGUGCUAAACAUCCAGUGGCAGCAGCUAGCAGAUGACAGCCAGAGCAAGCAGAACUUCCACACCACGCUGGAAACAUUUCACACGAAGCUGUCAUCGCACAACUACACUCGCUUCAGCCUCAUCCAUGACCUGAUCCAGACAGGCUGGACACACCCAACCCUGGGGCUCGUGAUGGCUGAAGAGGACGACAACGAGGAGGAAGAGUGUUUGAACUACAUCAAGCAAGAGGACCCUGUCAUCCUAAAGAUCCGUGUUGAGAUCAUGAUUCAGGAGAAUUGUGAGGAGUUUGCACUCAACCUGUGCUCCUGGUGCCUUAAACACCCCGCUCUGACAGACGACCUUGACAUACGACAGACACAGCUGAUGCUGCUGCACAAGCUGAACCAGCAGGAUCGUCUUCAGGAGGAGUGUCAGAAGAUCCCUUGCCAUGAUGGCGUGCGUCUCAUUACGAGACUCCAGCAGACUGAGAACAACAAGGCCCUGUGUACUGAGCUGGCACAGACCUUCCUCAUCCAGGACUGGAUUCGACCCUCAGACCACUGUAGCAGCAAGGAACUGCUGACAUUGUGGAUCCGCCACCAGUAUCUGGCAGACAGCGACCAGGACAAGUUCCUUAGCAGUGUGUGGGCCGUGGCGAAACUGUCCCGCUCCACAGAACAGAUCGGUCUCAUCAUUGACGGCGUGAGAGAAGAGUGUGGCAACAUGUUCCUGCAGCUGUAUACAGACCUCUGCAUAUUUGCCAUCAACUACGACAAGAGCUGCCUGGAGAAACACAUGCAGGAAGGGGACAUGGACGGCCUUAGGGAGAGACAGCAAGCAAUGGCUGCCACGUGCGAGAAACUGUCUCUCCUAUAUGCAACCCGCAACCCUAAGACUGCCAUGUAUGCUGCUGUCACUGCCUUCGCCCUUAAUCCCAACCAGGCAACUCUGGCUGCCGUCAAGUCCUUCUAUGUCAACCAGAGUCUGUCUCUAGUGAAAGACAGGGGCAAGGUGUGUUGUUCUAACUGUACCAACAAGACUGGGGAGUGCGACCACCCAACCAAAAGUGGCAAGAUCAACCCAGCCACGUUCUUUGAAGUGGAGAGACUCCUGAACAUGCUGCGACCCUACUACCUGAACCCGGAUCAUGACUGGCUGUCACUGGGCCCUGCGUGUGACAAGUAUCUUGCCGAGAGAGAAGCAGUGGCCCAGAACUACUCCAAUGAAGAUCUCAUUAAUGACAGUAGUUCUGUUAGUGAGGGAAGUAUCACAGAGCUGGACCAGAGUGGGAUGAGUCCUCACAGCUCCCAGAGGACCCUGCUCCACCAACACCUUGUGAGACCCAUCAGCUCCAACAUGCCAGGUUACACUGAACAAAUAACUCAGGUAUCAAAACAUCUCAAACCAUUCACUGUGGUGUCUGCAGGCAAGGGCCAGAGUCAGGACGUGACAAGCAGCAGCAUUGCAAGUAUUGAACCAACUCUACAACUGUCUGAUGUUGAGCUAGGAGACAAACAUACUCUGAUCAGACAGUUGCUGUUUGCUACAGAAGACCUGUCUCUUGCUGACCUUCCCGAUGCACACACUCUCAAUGAGUUACUACAGCAGGGCAACAUUGACCUCAUGCCUGAGGCGUUUCAGGAGAUCACCAUCGACAACAAUGGUUCUGGAGGGGAGGAGAUAUCUGUGCCGGUGCCAGGGCACAUGAAACACACCGCACCUGUGUCUGCAGCUGAUCCCCUCUUCUCAUCACUCAGCAUCCCAGAACAGGAGGUCCCCACCAACGAUGCUGGACCAGUCCCUCAACACUCGCAGUCAGCAGGGCAUACACUACAACAGCUGCAGCUACUCCAACAGCAACAGCUACUGUCCAAGAUUGAAACCUUGAAGAAUAGCAAACCACAAUCUUCGAACAAAGGAGCAAUGAAAUUAGUGCCAGCAUGUGCAACAACCAGUCAAUCGUUUCAGUCCACCUCCUCAACUCAGGCUCGAUCAGGACACUUACACACCAAACACAUGGCAGUUAGUUCUGGAGCUGUAAAGCCCCCUUCAGUCGCAAAAUCAUCAGUGGGUUCAGCUGUGUUCCACAUCACCUCAGGCCUCUUGCGUGUUCCUUCACAGCUGCCGACCACUCAGUUGCCUGUACCUACACACCAGGAGCAAGCUGUCAUCCUUCAGGACCAGUCCAGGGCAACACCCCUACCAGGUCAGCAGGUGGCAGUGGCUUACUCAGGUGGCCAGGUGACAACCCAGACUCUGCCUCAGCCUCAGUAUUACACUAACCUUGCUCAGACAGUGCAGCAACAAGUGGUUCAGCAACAAGUGGUCCAGCAACAAGUGGUCCAGCAGCAACAUGGUCCUGUUGCCAUCAAUCUCAUCGGGACUUCUGCAGUGUCUCACUCUGUGUCAGCACCUGUCCAGCAGGCCUCUCCGUUGUCAGUGAAUCUUGGGGUGCAACCAACAUCCACUGUUGCUCAGAUUGCACCUUCUAUUGCAGCUCAGCUGGCUCAGCCCCAACUGGUGCAGUCCCAAGUCCCAGUUGCUGUGGUGAAUCAACAGCUUGGACAGACCACAAUGUCCACAACUUUCAGUCAGGGUAGGCCACAGGGUGUUCAGAGGCAACAGCAGCAACAGCAGCAACAGCAGCAGCAGCAGCAACACCAGGGAAAACCACAGCUUACAGGUGUAAACCAGCAUAGAGUACAGAAAACAGAUCAUGCAAAAGCAAGCCCUGUCAUUACUGCUAAUCUCCAACAAAUGCUCAGACUGUCUUCAAAGACUGUUACUAGCACAGAACAGAAAUCAGUUCCUGUAGAUAAUGCUAUUUACACAAGUACAAAUCAUCCUCAUGUUGCUUUGAAAAGUAAAAAUCCAGUUUUUCCUAUUGUUAAGAAGAAAUCAGAAAUCACAGGCAAGGCAAUGAUGCCUGAUGCUACUCCUCCAAGUGCUGCUACAGGGGACAGUAAUGUUCCCUUUGUUCUCAAGUCACCGUUAACCAAGCCAAAACCAAAACCUAAGAGUAAGGCCACAAUAUUUACAAAUUCAAUGAGGAACUCAAAAGUAACUACAAACACUGCAUUGUUAGGAGGAUGUGGCAAGGAAAGCCUGACUUGUGUUAAACCCCUGCUGUCGAGUGGUUCCAUUGUUUCCAAGCCUGGGACUUUGCCCAAAGCUAUCUCUUUACCGAACACUGCCGACUCUUCGGUAGGACCAGUUACCACUCCAGGUGCCAUCUCCGCUGAAACUAGGCCAUGCUCUAUGGAAGCAAACCAGAGCAUUUCUUCCUCCUGCUCCUCUGCAGUAUCUACACCAGUUGAGGAUGUUGUUGCUACAGUCUCUUCAACUGACAAACCUAAAAAAGGCAUCGAAGAAGCUCUUCAAUGUCUUUUAUCAAUGCAAAAUAUGUCAAGAACAGUUGCUGUCUCUGGAUGAUCUACGGAAGCACAUCCAGUCUAUAUGCAGAGCAGAGGAGUUUGCUCCUGUUGAUGCUAAUGGUGAAACAUCAGACCAGUCUGUGAAAUCUGGACAUUUAAAUCCCAAACU